AUGAAGAGCCUGCUCUUGACCUACAUGCUUCUGGGGCUGGUGGCUGUCCUGAAGGCCCAAGAACUUCCAUCAGAUUACCAGGAGGAUUACUCUGGGAUCUGGUAUCCAAAGGCCAUGAUACACGAUGGCAGCCUACCCAGUCACAAGAUACCCUCGAAGGUUUUCCCUGUGAAGGUGACAGCCCUGGAAGGAGGAAAUAUGGAGAAUGACGUUACAUUCUGGAAGAACGGUCAGUGCCAUGACGUUAAAAUCCUGAUAAAGAAAACUGAGGAGCCUGGCAAAUUCACCUCCUUUGACGACAAGAGGUCCAUCUAUAUCGAAGCGCUGCCAGUGAAGGGCCACUAUGUCAUCUAUUGUGAAGGCCGUUUCCCUGGGAAGUUGUUUGGUGUGGGAAAGCUAAUCGGGAGAAACCCUGAGGAAAACCCAGAGGCCAUGGAAGAAUUUAAGAAAUUUGUACAACAUAAGGGACUCAAAGAGGAAAACAUCAUUGUACCAAAGCUGGAAGGUGAGAACAGGACUGUCCAUGCCUCUCUUGUGUCCCCUAUAUCACUGCUACCUGUCUGUGGCCCCAAACCAUGUCUGUCUGUGUGCUUCUGCGUCCUCUCUGUGCCUGGUGUUAUUGUCCCUUAUGUGUUGUUUCAUGUCUGUCCAUGUGCCCUUUGUCUCAGUGGUAUCUCCAUCAUUUCCACAGGGUCACAAUGUCACAUUCUGAGCCUCUGUCCCUCGGUGUCCCUAUGUACCUCCAAGUCUCCUGUGCUUCUGUCCACUCUCUCCCUUGCUCUCUCUGGAUCUCUGGUUUCUGUCCUGCAGCUUCAAGGCCCUGUCAGCUCUCCCAGGGUUGCCAGGCCCUGCCUUAGGUCUUGGCUGUGGGAGGGUCUGAGUCGCAGGUGUGAUGGGGUCCUCUACAGGGCCCUUCUCACCCCUGGGCUUCUUUUGGUUUCCACAGAGCACUGUGUGCCUGAAACCGACUAG